UGUAUUGUGCAAAUUGUAACGGUACACUUUUAUGGCGCGCAAUCGAAAACGUGUGUGUUCAUAACAAUUUGUGACAAAAUAAUUAUAUAGUAUAUUUAAGUAAUUACUGAAGCCGCUGAAGGCAAUCGGUUGACUGUCAUCACGGUGAAGUGUGAUCAUGUGACAUCGCAAUGUUUUAGAAAUACUAUAGUUUGAAGUGUUUARCUGUGUUGGAAAUCCUUUUUAACCAAAACAUGUGUUAAAGUGUAUAUCGUAUAUAAAAAAUGUUGGAAAUGYAAAUCAAAUAGCAUUGCGUGAAAAAUACUUCCAACAACUACUUACUAUAAUGAAUAUUCUGGUGAACUGUAUAAACCAACAAAUGCUUUUAUUGAGCGAGUAGUCGCUUUUAAUGAGAUUACUUGUAAAUAAACAUCCGAGAUAAGAACAAACAAAUGCCAUGCCGUCGAUGCGUGCAGCUUGCUUUACAAAGGUAUUGAGGCAGCCAGCGGGUAGCUUAUUAUUCGUUUUGAUAUUUAUGUGCCAUAAAACUGAUUUCAGUUUAAUUGAAACAGCUGCCGAUGUGAUAACCGAUCCUAAAUUCAGUUUUCCAAUUGUAAAUGUAACAGCCUCUGUGGGGCGUGAAGCCUUCCUGACAUGUGUUGUACAGGAUUUGGGAUCAUUUAAGGUCGCGUGGCUGCGCGUAGAUACACAAACAAUUUUGACCAUACAAAAUCAUGUGAUUACAAAAAAUCAACGCAUCGGCAUAACGAAUUCCGAACACAAAACGUGGACUAUGAAAAUCAAAGAUAUCAAAGAGAAUGAUAAAGGCUGGUAUAUGUGUCAAAUAAAUACGGAUCCAAUGAAAAGUCAAAUGGGCUAUCUGGAUGUGGUAGUCCCGCCGGAUAUCCUCGAUUAUCCCACCAGCACGGAUAUGGUUGUGCGCGAGGAUAGUAAUGUGACGCUCAAAUGUGCGGCAACGGGCUCACCAGAGCCGACAAUUACAUGGCGACGUGAAAAUGGAGUACCCAUUGAAUUGGCCAACGGCUCUGAGGUGCUGAGCGUUGAGGGUGUAACUUUGGUUCUGCCGCGUGUGAAACGUCAGCAUAUGGGCGCAUACUUAUGCAUAGCAUCGAAUGGUGUGCCGCCAUCGGUGAGCAAACGCAUAACGUUAAUAGUGCAUUUCCCGCCAAUGAUAACAGUGCAAAAUCAGCUGAUCGGUGCAGUGGAAAAUAAAAAUGUAACUUUGGAAUGCCAAUCUGAAGCCUUUCCUAAGUCAAUUAAUUACUGGACGAGAGAGCGGGGCGACAUAGUACCACCAGGUGUCAAAUAUACCUCCAGCGUAACGGAAAUUGGCGAAUAUCGCAACGCAAUGCAAUUGCAUAUCAGUGAUUUGACGCAAGCAGAGUUCGGCGCUUAUCGUUGUGUGGCGAAAAAUUCACUKGGCGACACCGAUGGCACCAUAAAAUUAUAUCGAAUACCACCGACUGCUGUGAAUUAUGUGGAGAACUCGGAAGGACGUUACAAAGGCAGCAACAAAAAACGUAUUAAGAGCUCGGAACUUUAUCACCAGUCGAAGGCGUCCGAAGGCAUGGACAUGGAGAAUCCCGGCAAACGAAAAGGGAAAUUGAAUCACCACCCUUAUAACUCAGUGCUAAAUCGUAUGAUUAUUGACUGCCAAGCCAAUUCUGGAUAA